AGUAAAACUAGAACAACGACACCCAGCCCUGUUUAAUUAGCCAAUUAUGAUGCUGGUUUACAUUAUUUGUUGAGCUGAUCUGAACCGGACUGCGUCUUGGUUCCGACUUAUUUAUCACCUCGGGAUUGUACUCGGCCAGGGCCGUCCUCCGAGCUGCGGGAUAACUUUGGAGAAGUUCUUUGUAUUCGGGAUAGGCGGACAGCUUGGCCGACAAGCUGAACAUGGACUGGGGCACAGAGCUUUGGGACCAAUGUGACAUCAUUGAGAAGCACACACAGUCUGGCCUGGAGCUGGUGGAGAAGUAUGUGAAAUUUGUAAAGGAGAGGACAGAGAUUGAACAAAACUACGCCAAACAACUGAGGAACCUUUCAAAGAAAUAUAACCUGAAACGAAGCGGCAAAGAUGAACCAGAUUGCAGGUUUUCCAGCUAUCAGUCUUUUUUGGAAGUGCUGAAUGAGAUGAACGACUACGCGGGGCAGCGAGAGCUAAUUGCUGAGAACAUGAUGAUGAACAUUUGCAUUGAUCUCACCAAGUACCUGCAAGAGCUCAAGCAAGAACGAAAGACGUAUCUCAUGGAGGCCAAGAGGGCCCAGCAGAGUUUGGAGAGCACCUACAAGCAGCUGGACAGUAGUAAAAAGCGCUUUGAAAGGGAGUGGAGAGAAGCAGAGCGCACAGCACAGUAUGCCGAGAAGACUGAUCAGGACAUCAAUGCCACAAAGGCGGACGUUGAAAAAGCCAAACAGCAGGCCCAUUUGAGAUCACACGUAGCGGAGGAGUGUAAGAACGACUACGCUGCUCAGCUCCAGAAGUACAACAAGGAGCAGAGCCAGUUCUAUUUUAAUGACAUGCCACUCAUUUUCAAUAAAUUGCAGGACCUGGAUGAGAGGAGUACGGAAGUUGGCGCAGGCUACAUCUUGUUCUCAGACACAGAGAAGCAUGUGAUGCCCAUCAUUGGCAAGUGCCUGGAAGGCAUUACGAAAGCUGGCACUAACGUUAAUGAGAGAAAUGACUCCAUGGUUGUAAUAGAGCAGAACAAGUCCGGCUUUGAACGUCCUGGAGAUGUGGAGUUUGAGGACUACAGUCAGGGCAUCAACCGAGCCUCUUCUGACAGUAGCCUGGGCACGCCUAAGGGUCCCAUGGAACUUUUAGGAAGGAACAGGAACAAAAACUUUUGGCUUUUCAGCAAAAAGAGUAAGCUCUCUCCCUCCACGCUCCCACCCUUCUCGACACCCCCCGCCCCUUCGCCCGCUAACGGACCCCCUUCCCCAAAGUUUGGCCGGGACCCCCUGUCGUACUGUUUGAAGGAGAUCAAUAAGACAGUCAAACCCAGAAUCUCUUCCUUCCGGACACUCAGGAGAUCGAAGUUUACUCCAGCGAGGAUCACGCCUACGGUGACAGAGGACUUCGCCCAUCUUCCCCCAGAGCAGCGCAGGAAGAAGUUACAACAGAAACUAGACGAAAUUUGCAGAGAGCUGCAAAAGGAAGUAGAUCAGAGUGAGGCCCUGGGGAAAAUGAAAGAUGUUUAUGAGAAAAAUCCUCAAAUGGGAGACCCUGCUAGUCUGGCAUCACAAAUCAGCCAGACGUCGCAGAAUAUUGAGCGGCUCAGAGGAGAGCUCAACAAGUAUGAGACUUGGCUGGCUGAGGCAGGAGGUCGAGGGGAGACUUUGCGCUAUAAAGCUCACACAUUCAACAACAAUGGAGCUCACGAUGUACUCAGCCCUGAUGGAGCUCACUCCGAUGAAAGCACUCCAGAUCCCUCCCAGGCCAUCUACGCGGAAUUUGAUGAUGACUUUGAGGACGAGGAAAUAACUACUCCGAUUGGGAAAUGCACAGCCAUGUACAGCUUCCCUGGCGCCAGUGAAGGGACCAUCACUAUGCAGGAAGGGGAGAUUCUGGCCGUGGUAGAGGAGGACAAAGGGGACGGCUGGACCCGUGUCCGUAGGAACAAUGGGGAUGAAGGCUACAUACCUACAUCUUAUGUCACCAUCAACCUGAACAAAUGACAGAUGUAUGAGGAACAAGAGAAGAUGAAAUGGUCACUUCACCAGACUGUAUGCAGUUCUUCCCAUGGGACCAAUCAUAAGGAAGCCACAGCACUAUGGGCGGGACCACUGGUGUAUGCAGAAGGAGAUCCAAAUAAGGUGCUUUGAUUUCAUGAAAGAGGUGCCCCACAUGGGCAGAGGAAUGGUGCUGACAUUGUGUUCCUCAUGGCUUACAUUACAUUAUUGUAAUACCAGUUACCUAAGCCACCUAAACCACAAGGUUAUUUUACUUUUGGAUAUCAGGUCACAGUCAUUUUUUUAUUUUGGUUUAACAAUGUUGCAUGGAUCUUAUGCACCAUCGGCGUAUGAGUGUCGGCCUCUGUCCUACAGCCUGAUAAGGCAUUAGCUUCUAAAUGUGAGAGGAACAACAAGAGAAGGAGGAGGACGAUGAGUGCUGCGGCCAUCUCUACACUGAGUGAUCAUAGCAGUAAAACCUAGGAGGAAGUUGCCUCACAUGUUUACCUUUUUUCAGUUAAAAGCGGACCUGCAGUUCUCAUUCGUUCCGGCAAACCACUUUCGAGCUUCACUAGUUCUUGUGAAGAUGUAUGACACUGUCACUUUGCUCAUGGUUGGACCUGAGUGUCCCCGGGGCAUGAGUGAGGUUUUGGGGGGGAGAAUGCUUCACUCUUGGGUUUUAGCAAUUUGUGAGACAAAACGUGUCGAGGGCUCUCCCAUCAUGGUAAAUCACAUGCACACAACCGUACAAACACUCUAAUGUUCAGACAAUCACAGCCAUAUCAAAGUCCAUUUUCAAUCUAUUGCAGUAACGGGAAUAUAGCGCUUUUUUUCUAAUAGUUACAACUUGAAAAUUGUGCUUAAAAUAAUUUAUUUCAAAUAUAUGUUCUAUGAAUACAAUUUUCCGGUUUACAAGUUGUAUUUUGUAUUAAGGAUGUUCUCACAUAGUUUCUUUCCCCCUUGCACACUUAGUGGACAGUCUGUAGCCACAAAAGGGAGUAAAUAAUGCACACAUAAAAUGUGCUACAUUAAGACUAUUGUAUUUAUGUAAUAAAUAAUAUAUAUAUAUAUUUUAGCUAUCACAACACCACUUUUGUCUUAUUAGCUUUUUUUUUAACCAUUCAAAUAAAGAUUGUAACAUUUUGAGAGAAAAGUAAAAGUCUCUAAUUAUGUUGCUAAAAAUGUCUCACGAUCGACCCACAUCCUGUUUUUUAUGUUGUUAACUAGCGAUAAGCAAUAACUGCUUGUGUCUUUUGUGCCUUUCUGGAUAAAAGCAUAGUGUAUAUACCAUUUUCAUAAGACAUUUUGUUUUCUUAAUAAAUGCAAAAGCACAUUUCAAAGUUGGGAGUGGUUAUGUUGGUAAUUUAAAAUUAUAUUUUCUCAAUAGAUUUUGUAAAUUCGAGCUCUAUAAAGUAGUGACACCUAUUGUAGAGUUUGUCCGCUGGAAUAAUUUCUUUAAAACAUUUUCUGCUCACCAGGACAGUUUAGUCUAAACUUGUGAACAUGCAUCACUUUUAAUGGAAGCUUGAAACUGUGGAACUUCAAUUUGUGGUUUCAGAGUGAUGAAAAUGUGGCCCCAUGUAAUAGGAAAUGAGUCAGUGGGUGGAUAGAACAUUUAAGGUUUUGCAGGUCAAAUAAGGUUUCCUGUAUAUUCUGCUUUUACACUAAUGAAUUAAUAAAUUUCACAUUGAAGAUCUGUAUUUUUCAAAUAAUCUCUGUGACAUCAGAUGUUUGAUGCAUUUCUGUC